UGGCAGUUCGUUGUGAAUGGCGUAUUAACAGCUGUUCAUUAUUAGUUUGGCCCCUAUGUAUUAGCUAAAAAGUUAUUGUUAAUGGCCACCGCAACACAGUGUUCAAGUCCAUCAAAUGCACCCACAGAUGAUAAUAAUGGAUUACUUUCGGCGACCGUGAUAGCUGGCCUAAAAAACUUGGGCACCACACUAACAGCGGUCAUAAGCAAAACAUUGAUUGCCAAUUCAUUGAAAUUGACGCUCCAUCCAGAUGCAAUUAUAGCACCAGUACCCGAAAUAUACGCAACGAACGCAGCCAGUGCGAAACAGAGCGAAUAUGCCGUGGUCACACUUUACGCCGUGGCCACCAAACAUGGUUGGAGCAGUAUUACGCUGCGCCAGCAACUGGAUGCACUGGAACUGAAUGCCAGUGCCAUUGAUGAACUAACCCGUGUCUACGAGGACAAUCGAAAGGAUCUCGUGCUGCGACAAUUACAGUUGGGCCACAAUUUCCCGCACAUCACCGAUGUGCAGUGGCGUAUCGUAUGCGACGUGAAGUCCUCAACAUCGGACUGCAGCAGCGGCGCGCCACAUUUUAACAUCAAUUUGGGACAUUAUCGCCAGAGCAGCGGUGAACGCGUCACCGUUGUGGAGUUUGUAUGCAAUGCCGAGGAGCUGCAAUCACUAGUUAAUCGUCUGAAGGAUAUCGAGAGACACUGCAAUCAAGUGGCCAUUACUUAAAAAAUAGCGAAAACUUUCAUAUAUAUAUAUAUAUAGA